AUGGGUCGUGAGCCUCAAGCAUCCAAUGAUGUUUCUGCCAUUCUCAAUAUCCAUCCUGCUACUAUUCAACGUAAGAUCAAACGCUUCCAGAACAUUGCAAAACUUCAAGCUGCGGUAGCUCAUACAAUCAAUACUCAGCCCUCUCUUCCCGUACAAGUCACUGUAGUCCGUACUCAAGCAGCCUUCCCUCACUCCAUCAGUGGGCAGAGCCCUUUCCAAAUGAAUGUGAACCAGUUUCUUCACAAUCAACAGCCCCACGAAAUGCACGCUGGCCCAUCCUAUCAACAGCCUAUGCCUUUCCUUACCGGAGCAUAUCAACAGGCGCCUGUCUAUUAUCCUGACCCAUUCAUGAGCCACCAUCAUCUAGGUCAUCAGCGACAGAUGGUCCCAUCGCAUGUUAAUGGCCUGAUCAAUAUUCAGCACCGCCCAAUGGCCUACCAAUUUGAUCCUGGACAGCAGGUUAUUCCCAUCUUUGGCCCACCACCAUUUAAUAUGGGGAUUUGCCAACCUUUCUUGAAUACAGGCCCAACUUACUAUCCCAGUGCCCCAGUGUCAGUAAAUCCUCAAGUCGGUCAGCAACAAGUCCCCGUCCGGUUCCACCAACGAGGCCCAAGGAUGGAAGGGCAAAUUAAUCCAUCCUUGGGAAGGCAAAUUCAUCAUCCCUACCAUAUCGAGCAGCAUGGCCCCCCUGUUAAAGUGGAACUUUCAGCUCAUCAAAAAGGACUCGUACACUUUAUAAGGGGGCCAGCUGAAACGGCUGAUUAUCAGCGUUAUCUCACCGACUCAUCAUCUGACACGAGGGUCCUCGCUACAAGUGCUACAUGGAGCAACACGAAUACCACUCCAAAUUCUACAUUGCCCACACCUACUAAAUCCAUCAUUGCGCUUCCCCUCACCGAAGCUGUAUUUAAGACAGAACUUGAGGUCGUAUGGGAAGCUAAGCGUGCUGAGGAAGCCAGGAUUCAGCUACUCUCAUUCUCGGAAUACUUCCCUGAAGGAUUUUCGGCCCCUCAAUCAGAUCUCCACGAUCAGAUCACAUGCUGCACAGAGGAUAACGAUCAUUGUUCCAACAUCAAGCAAGAUCGAAUGCAAGCAGGAAGAAGGAGAAGUAUCUCCGCUGAGUCUUCGUGGAUAUCAUUUGAUCACAGCCAACUUGGAAAAGUCUUGCAUCAUACCCACACACAUGUUCAUGUAGAUAAGAAAAGAUCUGGAAUGGGCGAGAUCACUUUGAUUCACUCGACAGAAGCUGCAAGAGCGGCUGACCAUUGUUCCCUUAGAAGAUCAAAGUCAACCCUCGACUUACCUUCGAUAUUCUGCGAUUGA